AUGUCAAUUACAAAUACUCAUUUAUUAAAUCCUUCACCUUAUAACAGCAUGCUUAAAAAAUAAACUAAUGGAAAUUAAUCUCAUUCAUCUUUAAAGGUAAUAUUAUAUUUUCUUAAAUAUUAGAACUUUUCAAACCUAGUUCCAUAAAUUAAUGUGUAAAUUAAAAAUUAGAUGCAAUUAAAUUUUAAUUGUUAAACCUAAAGAGAAUACAAACAUAGAUAAUCUGAAUUAGACACUAAGAGAAAAUAAUAAUCUCCAAACGUUUAAAGGUUUAGUUAAGCAAAAAAUAAUAAUUUUGUUUCGGGUUAUUAUUCGAAUGGAAGUGCAUAAUAAAAAAAUAUUAAUCUAAUGAAACAAUAAAUUUGUUAUCAACUCAAUUCUGUAUAGGAUUUAAAGAAAGGAUUAAUAGAAGAGAAAAAAAGUUUAAAAAAAUAAUCAAAAACUAAGUCUUCUGAAUAAUUAUUAUCAAAAUCAAAUAAAAUAACAACAGAACCUGUCUAGAAAACUUAAAGUAAUUAAAAUUUGAUAAAUAAAAUAAAAGAGUAGUCAAAUUAAUAAAAGAGUGGAAGUGUUAGCAAUCCAAUCGAAUUUAAUUUUAAAAAAUUAUUACAAAAAUACCAUUUUACUUUAAAUAAAGCUAAAAGUACAGAUAAAUUAAAAAAUCAAAAUCAUCAUGAUUUUUUAAAAGAAUCUUUUAAAUAAAAAGAAUAAUAAUAAUAAUAAGGAUCUUUAUAACAUUAUAUAAUAAUUCAUCUUUAUGAUUAAGAGAAAACAUUAGAGAUAAAAUAUGAUUGUUUUGAAAAGAAAACAGAUCAAUUACUAGAAUAUUUGAGUGAAGUUUGUUAAGAUAGUAUAUAUUUUAUAUAUAAACACAAGAUGAGAAUAUAAUUGGAUUUUCAUCAGUAGAGAAUAAUAUAGCAAUAGAAUAUUAUUUAAGUUUAAAGAACAAAGAUUUAAUGAUAUUGGAUAAGUAAACAAUAAAAUUAUAGCCUUUAUAUCCAGAAUAUACUUAGAAAUUAUCAUUAAAGAGCUUUCAUUUUUUAUUAUGUGUAGGAAUAGGAGGAUUUUCAAGAGUAUAUUUGGUAAGAUCAAAAAGGAAUGGAAGAUUUAUAGCAUUAAAAUUGAUAUCAAAAUAAUUUAUAGUAGAAAAUUAAAAACAACAAAUAGUAUAAAAUGAGAGAGAUGUUAUGGUUUAAUUGAAUUUAAGUGAUUAAUAAAUGCCAAAAUAAUUUAUAUGUUAAUUAGAAUGUGCUUUUGAGACAAAACAUUGGGUAUGUUUUGGUAUGGAAUAUUGUCCUGGAGGUGAAUUAUUUAAUUAAUUAAGAAAAGUUUAGAGAAUGAAUUAAGAUUAAGCAAAAAUUUAUUUUGUUGAAGUUUGUAUUGCAAUAGCAUUUUUACAUAGUUAAAAUGUAUUGUAUAGAGAUAUAAAACCAGAAAAUAUUUUAAUUGAUGAAUAUGGACAUUUAAAAGUAGCAGAUUUUGGUUUAGCUAAACCAAAUAUGGGAUAAUCUGAUGAAGCAUAUUCUUUUUGUGGUUCUCCUGAAUAUAUGGCACCAGAAAUGUUAUAAUAAUAAGGACAUACAUUUGCAGUUGAUUAUUAUUGUUUAGGUGCUUUACUUUAUGAAUUAUUAACUGGUUUACCUCCUUUUUAUUCAAAAAAUACAGAUGAAAUCUUUUAAAGUAUUUUAAAUGAUGAUUUACAAUUUCCAGUUAAGGUUUGUUCUCCAGAAGCUAAAGAUUUAUUAAGAAAAUUAUUACAUAAAGAUCCUAAUUAAAGAAUGGGUAAUAGAGAAGGAAUUUAAGAUAUAUUAAGUCAUUAAUUUUUUGAUGAUAUGAAUUUAAUUGAUAUUUUAAAAAGAAAAAUAUAACCUCCAUUUUUACCAAACCUAAUAAAAUUCAAUUUUGAUCCUAAAGAAUUCAAAUAAGGAGAAUAAUAAUUCAAUUUAGAAUUAUAAAAAUCACUUUAAAGUGAUUAAGAAAUACAAUUUGAACCUAUGUUUGAAAAUUUCUAUUUUAUUGGUGAAACUUUAAAAACAAAAAAACCAAAAUUUGAAAAAUAAACAAAUAGACCUUAAUCAUUAAUAGAAGCAUAAUAAGAAACAAUAAUGACUGAAAGAAUUGAUAAAAAUUACAAUUUUAAUAAUUCAGCUAUUUUAGGUUUAAAAAGAGGAUUUUCUGCAAAAUAAUUAUAAAUUGAACAUUCUUAAAAGAUUGAAGAAUUAAAAAAAAGAAUUUAACAAUAAAAUACUUAAGUAAAAUCUUAUAUUGAUCCAUUUGAUCAUUUAGCUGUAAAUUAAUUAAUUUAUUAAAAUAAAGCCAAAACAUCAAGACUAAAAAAUAAUAAAUGA